AUGAAGAAACUACUGGUGUCAGCCGUGGUGGCUGCCUUGGCACCAGAGGCCAGGCCUGCCCUGCUCCGCCAGGGCCUCUCCGAAAGCUCAGGUGACCCACUGGAGGAGGAUGCGCGUGCGGCCAAAGAAGCCGAGAUCGAGGCAGAAGAGGCUGUUCACGAAGCAGAGGCUGCGUUGCAAGAAGAUGAAACGCCAAGGCGUGCCAAGGCGCCUCAGCUCUUUGCCACCAUUGCUGCCCUGAUGAAAGAAAAGGGCCUGCCCUACAAGGAGUUUGAGCCGAAAUGCAUGCAGCACAUGGAGCAGGUGAGCAGCUCUUUAGCUGAUGCCUACGGUGAUGUGCAGGUCAAGCACCUGCUCACCCAAGAGUGCCGCCUGGAAGCUGAAUUUCCCCGCACGGUGCAUGCAGGAUUCGAUGACGUCAAGGAAUGUCUCAAGUUUGCGGACAAGUUCGAUGAGGCCAUGCGGCAGGAUAGCUCCUUCAAGAAACUAUGCAGAGACUUCUUCCAGGCAUCUGAUCUUCCGGUCAGACCAGCAGCAACCAGCAAAAAGAGCACCACGGCCUCAGCAACGAACACCAGAGUGUCGAGUUGGUGGGACCGAGCUUACCGGGCGCCCGAUGUCAUGAAGGUGCCAGCGCAGGCACCAGAAAAGACAGGCAAGGAGGCUAUGGAUGAAGCCUUGGCGGAUGGAGCGGAAGGCCCGAAGGACCCGCAGGACGCAGCCGACGCAGCCUACGAGGCUGCGCUGCGCUCGGGCAAAAGCCCAGAAGAGGCAGCCCGCAUCGCCGCAUCAGCUGCGAGCAAGGCAGCAGAAAAAGACGCGGAAAGCUCUGGUAAAAGCCCCAAAGAAGUAGAGCAGGCAGCAGCUGCUGCUGCGUACAAGGCGGGCAUGUCCAAUGGCAUGACCGACCAAGAGGCGAAGGAGGCUUCCGCAGAAGUCGCCGAGGAGAUUAGAAGCACCAAAGCAAAAGCUUCAAAAAGCAGCUCAGAAAGCAGCUCCAGCCAGGCUGGCCAGGCUGGCCAGGCUGCAUCUGGUGAUGUGAGCAACACAGGUGGUGGGUCUGAUGGGUUGGGUGGCUCCGAGGGCCAGAAGGACGGAAACGCAAGCGGGGCAGGUUGGCUCCAGUGGCUUUGGUCGCUUCUUUGGGACUUUGAUGCUGAUGGAAUUGUGGCGGACACCGACCGCGAGACCUAUGCGACAGUUGGAACAGUCAUUGAUUCGUCGUAUUCCGAUCAGCAGGCGGAAGAGGUGUUGAGGUCUCAGUGCCUCUUGGACAAGGACCCUGUGUUUUUGGAAGGCGGUUGGAAUCCAGUUCCGGUACUGCUGCAGGAGUUCUCCACAAGGGAAGAGUCCUUCAUCAAAGCGAAGGAUUGCAAGCUCUUCGCAAAGCUGUACAUGAAGGCCCGAAAACAGGAGCUGCUUGGCAGUGACGCGUCCUACAAGAAGUUAUGCUCCGUGGCAGCCAAAGGAGCUAGGCUGGUGACCACUUUUCUUGCUGUGCAGGAAAAUGGUGCCAAGUCCCAACGCAGCACGCAAGAUUUGAAUGCCAUGCCUGUUGCAUCAGCACUGCUUUGUGGUCCUCCGGUGGCUUCGAGUUCCUGGUACUUCAUGUACAUGGAUCAAGCUGCAGCCUUAGCUGUAACUGACGCUGAUGCGAUGCUCGUCCAGGCAGGCGUUGAGGAAUCCUCCAAAGUGCGGGUGGUCUUCGCUGUGGCGUUGACGUUGCUGCCGGCUGCAGGGGAACAGCCCCUGGCACAGCUGUGGGCGAGCAGAGCCCCAACAGCGCAGGACCUUGGGAGGCGGCCUUCCCAUGAGCUUAAGGCUUUGCUACAAAGUAAGGGCCUUCAUUGCGAUGGCUGCGAGAAGGCAGAACUGGUGCAGAGAGUACUGGACACUUGGGACGAGGAAGUGCUUGAGGUUUCAUCUCCAGACGGUAAGCUUCGUUUGACGAAGGACAUCUUCAUGAAAAACCUGAAGAUGACCUACAAAAGGCAGCUGAAGCGGAAGCCAGAGGAUGGUGGACAUGAGCUCGCGGACGAUGAUGACGACAUGGACAGUGCCGAUGUACAUAUCCCUGACAUUGACAAGGUUUGGCGUGAAUUCAGCACCAAACUUGCAAAGGGUGAUGUUCAAACGGACAAUGCCGGUCAAAUUGUUUACGAGGUAGGCAGCCCCACGCCAGCACCGAGCUUGUGGGACAAGUGGAAAAUGUAUGGACUCAUGGCAAUGAACAUAUCCAUGCUGCUGUGUACACAGUUCUUGAAGAGGUAUAAGGGAUCCGAAGCAGCAGCAGAAGAGGUCCCUUCCGACAGUGGUCAAGAAGGCCCGGAAGAAGCCAAGAAGCAACCGAAAAAAAAGAAGGACAACAAAAAGAAGAGCUGA